GCUAUCUUCUUUUUGUGCCUCUGACGUUACUCCAGAUAUUCACUACCAAGUUUCAUAGAAGGAUUCUGGACCUGUUGGUCACCUACUGGCAAUAUUACGUGACAACUUUGCUCUUCCUGUUGAAGUGCCAUGUUCACGUUACUGGAGAUCCGAUCAAGUCGGAUGAAAUCUCCCUGGUGAUCUCAAACCAUCGCACCAGAGUGGACUGGAACUUUUUGUGGGCGGUGAUGUACCAUGCAGUCGAGGGGAAGAACCGCUGGUGGUACAGUACCAAGUUCAUCCUCAAAAAGUCCAUCCAGAAUAUUCCUGCGGCGGGGUGGGUGAUGCAGAUGGCAAUGUAUGUGUUUAUCAAUCGGACGUGGGAUGAGGACAAGUCUGUCCUGGACAACUACAUUGAGUAUGUGGACAGAAUGGAUUACAAGCAUCUGCUGAUUCUGUUCCCAGAGGGCACAGACUUGACGCCGAAAACCAUCGAAAGCAGCAAUCGCUUUGCGGCACUGAACAAGUUACCUGUGAGUAAACAUGUAAAAUGGUCUGUUGACCGACUGGUCAGUUUUUGAAGUGAUAACUUU